AUGGCUUCCCUACUUGUUACCGUAUUUCUCCUUCAGCUAGCAAUUCAUCUGAUCAAUACGGUUGGGGCCUCAAGCCUUAACAGUAUAUUGUGGAGUAUUUGGAGCCGAUUACUUGGACUUAGCUCAAACUCAGUGGCGGAACACGACGAGCUUAAGCUCCAAUUCCUGCAACUACGAAGACAACUUAACGCAACAAGCAGUCAGGACGAAUUUGCCAAGUGGGCCAAGCUCAGGAGGCAACAUGACAAAUUGUCUGAAAAAUUAGAAAAAGCCAAAAUUUCGGCAGACAAAACCAAGUCAAAGUUCGAUACUGUUGUUACUACGAUAAGAUGGCUUGGCACCAAUGGAUUACGAAUGUUUCUCCAGUUUUGGUACCAAAAGCAGCCGAUGUUUUACGUCCCUACAGGUUGGGUCCCGUAUUUAGGGGAGUGGAUGCUAUCUUUGCCUAGAGCGCCAUUGGGUAGUAUCAGUAUCCAGGCAUGGUCACUCGCUUGUUCUACAUUUAUCGUGUUAAUGGGCGAAGUUUUCUCUUGCGGGAUUGCACUUGGGAACCCUCAAUCUUCUGUUAGUGGGCAGGAAGGGGUCACACCAGGGCUAAAUUAG